GGCCAGGAAGCAGCAGUUACCGUGUCGAGCGUGGGAUCAUGUCCAGUACGUCUCCCAGUACUCUUUACGCAUGAUAGAGGACAGUUAUGCUAAUACGCAUGCAGCAAGACUGCUGGAACGAAGGCGCAGUACAGGCCGGUUGCGACCCGAAUGCAGAUGAUAGCUGCUUGUGUGGCCCCUUCUUCGACGCCGUCACUACGUGCGUGUCGCAGACAUGCAGCAUAGGCGAUAGUCUACGUGAGUAUCUGUCUACACCCACAAAGGAUCCUACUGACUUUCUUUGCAGAGGUUCUCAACACUCUGGAACCGCUAUGCUAGUUGCACCUCGUAGUGAAUUGGAAUGAGAGACGAACGACAGUACAGAUGAUGACCAGAGAGGUCAGAGAACGGCC